AGCAAAUAGAGAACCACUCACACAAGAGGAAAUUUCACCUGUCAACCAUAAUGCCUGUACAGGAGUGUGUGUGUGUUUGAAGGGAAUAUUUCCACCCCUUUUGACCAAAGAAGGUGCUGGGUUGUUGAUGGUAAUGUGGUAUUUCAACCCUCUUUGUUCAUUUCUGUGUUUUGCAGGUGCAGUGACUCGUUUGGAUUUCUAUACUCUGGAUCACUCUACAAGUUCUUGGAGCCCAUGGUGUUGGAUAUGUGCAAGUGAUACGGCAAUCGGAUCCUGGCGUUUUUGUGCGGCGACCCGAGUUUUGGCUGCGUGAUCGCUGUUCAUGCUGUUCAGCCCAGAUGUGAUCAUUACUGGCCCUGCUGAAGAAGGUGCCACGGUGCGGCUUUUUGUCGCACUCCACCCGAGAGCUUACUCCAGCAGGCAUCCAAGCCCGAGUGUCACAAGAUGGACAGUAGCCACACUCGGGAGGAUACCAAUGCACCAAGUUACGACAGCAGCGACGAGUGGGAGAUAGGAUUAGGUAAUCUCAUCAUAGACCUGGAUGCUGACCUUGAGAAAGACGGCCACCAUGAUGGCCCUCCCGCGCAUCUCGAAGCCAGCCCCAUGAAGGUCGGCAAGAUGAAGAUCAAACGCAAAGUGAGCAGCAGUGCCACCAAAGGCGAAGGGGUGUCCCCGAUCACCGUUCGCAAGGACUCGAAUGCAAGCACGGGAUCCUCGUCCACGAUGGACGACGCAUCCAGCGCUUAUGCCUCCCCGGAUCGGUCGGGGCGGGCCGAAGACCAGAUUGGAAAACCGAUAAAGAGCGUGGUUGCGCCACCCAGCAACCAAAGUGGAAGUAGUAGCAAUAGUUGUGGCCCUAAGAUGGAAGUGAAUCCCGGUAUGAAGCUUGAUAAGCUUGUCCCGAACCUCGCAAUAAAACCAAUGACACCCAUGACAAGCAUGACACCCAUGACUACCAUCAGCAACGUAUUGCAGCUAAAGACUCCCAGUCCCAGCACUAACCUCCUCAUCCCCUCCCCCGCGCCCGCUACCACCGCCACGCCCCCUCCAGCCGCCCCUCCAGCCGCCCCUCCGGCCAGACCAAGCUCCCUGCACCUUCCUGGAGAAGGGGGCAAGCAACAGAAGACUCCUAAGAGCCCUGGUGAGGAGGCGGGAGAAGGGGAGGAGGCUGCCAGUAAGAAGAUAAAGAUAGAGAAGCCUGAUUGUAAGGUAGAUGGUGCAGCGGGGAAGAGGAGUGGAGGAGAAGCCAGCUGUAGUACAAGUGGAAGGAAACAUGGAGGCAAGAAGGCCAAGAUUGAUAAGCCCUUGCGUCAUUCCGUAGCGGUGGAUACAAUGGACAUCGGUGUAGCCACAGAGCCUGAAUCCAUAGGACCAUGUGAGCCUGGUACCUCCGUCAACUUAGAGGGCAUAGUUUGGCAUGAGACAGACCAAGGUGUCCUGGUAGUGAAUGUGACAUGGAGAAACAAGACGUAUGUAGGGACCCUGAUGGACUGUACAAGACACGACUGGGCUGCACCAAGGUUCUGUGAUUCUCCAACGAGUGACAUGGAGAGCAGGGGCAAGGGUAGUGGACGUCCCAAGCGGGGUAGGAACAACAACAGUUCCAGUAGCGACCUCAGCAACUACACCGAGACCCGGUCCUCCAUCCACAGCAAGCUGCGCAACUCCACCAAGGGCCGACGCGGCAGUAACGCUUCCAACGGCGCACGUACCCCUCCUUGCACGCUAGACAAGAACACCAGCAAGCGCAAGACCAAAGAAUCAGACGUCGAGGAACCCGUACCGACCAAUAAGCGCCAAAAGACGAGUGUCCGACCAAACUCAUCCGCCAACGAGGAUAGGCAUACUCCAGUACUUAUUGAAUGCCCACAGCCGAACUGUAAUAAAAAGUACAAGCACAAGAAUGGACUCCAUUACCAUCUCUCCCACGCUCAUCACAAUAACUUGGACAAGGAUGGUAACUGGAGGGAGAGGACAGACUAUGACGAUGACAGUAAGUCAAGUGCUUCUGAUGAUGUGGGCGGUCUACCUCCUCUUCAAACAAAAGAUAAAAAGAAAGACUUGAAAGACAAGAAAGAAUCUUCCAAGGAGGAAGAGGAGGAGGAGGAGGAAGAGAGGAUGGAUGUUGAUAAGGGUGAUGCCAAAGGGAGGGAAACUCCGGAGGAGGAGAGUGCACCGAGCUUGCAACAGGGUGGCUCUUCAGAGGGGAGCGUUGAUAGCGGUGGUGAGGCUACAGGUCAGAAGAAGGGUGAAUCAUCGAAGAGUAAAGAUGGCACAAAGAGUCCAAAGACACACAAGAGUCAUGUGGACAAGUUUACCGCUGGUAUGAAGUGUUUGGGUAUCCCUAAACCCAAAGAGGCCAAAUCUAGCCCAUCUAAAGUGCCAAAGAAUGAUGCCGGUGGAGACAGACUGAGUAAGGGUGUUAAGAAACCUCCUGCAGCGAGCUCGGAUAAGGACAUGUCAAUAUUUGACUUCAAUUCAGCUCCUGAUGAGCAAGUGACAGCCAAUGCAAUGCCUGGAAGCACAUCGGAAAAGCAUGUCAGUGUAAGCGUUAUACGACCCAACCCUGAGCCUAUGACUAUCAAGUCAGAACCAGUUAGUCCCAGUUCUUUUGCCAAAGCAGCAGCAGCAGCAGACCAUGCCAAAGGACCAAAGCAAAAUUUAAGUACAAAUAGUGAUAAUGGGUCUGAGGAUAAGACUUCUAAAAAGACUGACAAGGACAAAGUUAGAGCAGAUAAGCAUAAGAAAGCAAAGCACGACAAGAUGCUGUUGAAGACGGGAAAGACGAUACGUCCUAUCGCUCCUGCUCCUGCUCCACCCGCGACGCAAGCCCCACCUCCACAACUCAUAGCCAUCCCAACUGCCCUUGUUCAAAACCCUGUGACAGUCUCGUGUGCACUGAGUGUACCAGCUGUGAAUACUAUCCAAUCCAAACCACAAGCAUCACUUGUAAGUCCCGCCUUGAAACACAUACAGCCUAAACCAGCUACUAUGAGUUCAGUACCAUCAAAUGAUGUCAGUGGUAGCCUUUUAACAAUGAAGGACAAAGAUAAGAAAUCCAAACAAAAGAAAAAGGUGAAAGUUGACAAGGAGAGAGAAAAGGAGAAGUUGCCAGGUUCUCCAGUGGACAGUUCUAAAGCUCCAAAAGAACACCUAGGUGAGCAGAGGAUAAAGAACAAUCCUUUGCUACUUGCUGCUGUACCAGAAACAAACAUUCUUAAGCAAGCCUUGACAGCGUCUGGUAUAGUUGAACCUGACAACAGCGACAAGAACAAGGCAGUUGCUCCUGAUGUGUGGAAACGUGAUGGCAGCAAAAGUGAAGCACCUAUGGACAGAGUGACAAAAGUAUUCCCAUCGCCACAGGAAAAACCUGCCAGUACUGCCCCUGUGAGCAAUGUAGCGAUGCCUCAGAUCCCAAAGUUGAUACCUACAAGCAGUGUGACUGUACCAAGUAGUAGGCCAUCGAAGCAACUUCCUCCGCCUCCCCAACACCCUCAGCAUCUAAUGCAAUCAAGUCAUCUCCAAACCCCAUCUCAACUGCAGCAACCGCAUCCUCACCAACCUCCUAUGUCCUUGGCAACAGGGAUGAAGCUCCCUGUGUCAAAGCCAGACACCGUCAGCCAAGAUAGGGCUUCCUCGAACCUCUCUGUGCAUACGUCACUGGCCAAAGAAGGGCCUAGGAACACUCAGCUGUUGUCCCCUCCUAGCGGGAAUAGGACUGGUAAUAUUAGCCCCGCUUAUUCAGACAUUUCGGAAGAUGGUGUGGAUGACCAAAACAAGCAAACAAAACCCUCAGAGACUUUUUCCUUUGAAAGGCCAGACCAUUUGAAGCCUCACUCAGAACCCUUACAGAGAAUAAGUGAAAGCAAUCUAGGAGGGGAACGUAGGCCAUUGUUUCAUGGUAGUGAUAGAACCGGAGCUCCAGAUGGUGUAGGGAGUGGAAGCAUUACGCAGGGAAAGCCAUCUCAUGAGAGAGAUGAGGGGAGCAAAGGCGAUGUCAAAGAUCAAAGUACUCCAAGGUCAGCUUCAAUAAACCCUACCCUUCCCCCUCCAGUUCCCCAUGUGUACUCAGGUAGCCAUUACCCUUAUCUUCACGGCUAUGUAAACAUUGACCCUUCCUACCACAUGCGCUUGAUGGCUAGUGAUCCCCAGUACAGGCAGCAGCAGGAAAGACUCAUCGAGGACCAAAGGAAGAGAGUUGAGAAGCUCAGAGGUCAGGAGGGUCCAGAGAAACCCGGUGAAAGUAAGGCUGGAAGUUCAGAAAAGAGGAGACCAGUGAUAAAUAUUCAAACAGAACCUAUAACACCACCUCAGGUCCCACGGCAUCCUGACAGUAGAGAUAAAUCAAGGGACAAAGAGCAUAUAACAAAGUCAAGGCAUAUAGAGUUUUCAAAAAAGGAGGGAAGUUCUCCAAGCACUUUAAGGACUCCUGAAAGUGACAAACAAAACAGUGCUAUGUUGCUGGAAACGAGGCAAAGGGAAGAUAUGAGGCAGUAUCAUUUGUAUCGGCAGAAGUUGAUGGAACAGCCGCCGCAUCGGCAGGCUGAGGAGCCGAGGAAAAAUGUGGAACAGGAGAACCGAAAAAAGGAAGGUGUUGAGUUGUCAAAAAAGGAGUUGAGUAACCCUGAGCAGGCAGAGAAGAGUAGAACUCCUACACCUACUCACAGAAAUGUGAGUACCCCCACCAAAGAAACAUCAGGAAGACUCAGUGCAGACCCUGACAAAAGAGACAGUAAAUCCCCCUCAGGGAAAGGGUCCAAACCUGAUGGGAAGAAGCUCAUAGAUGGGUACCCCUACCUCCAACCCCCUUACCCCUAUGGGACUAUCCCGUAUGACCCCUCCCAUCCAACCUUCCAACCUAUGGUAUAUCCAUCAUUCCUUCAUCCGGACCUCCGCUACCCUGCAGCCGGUCCAGGGGUCACUCCUGCUUGGAAGUCUCCCAGCGAUAAGGCUGGCUUCGAGCAGGAGCCAGAGCGAUGCUCAUCCUCUUCUCCACACAGUCUUUCCUCCAAGGGUAGGAAGUCACCUGAUACUCCAGACCUUCCUGCCCGUGCACUGGAUGUCCUUCAGCAACACGCCAACCAGUAUUUCAGUCCCCAUCAGCAGAAGCAUGGCUCCAACUCCCGCCCCAGGACGCCGGAGAAAGGCCGCACCACACCUGUGCAGCGGUCACGGUCAUCAUCCCCUGCAGCCAGGAAAACACCGGAGGUAUCGACAUCGUCCUCCAUUUCAUCGAGCAGGGAAGAUGGGAAGAGAGGUUCAGUUCAUCAACACAUGCAUACGCAUCAACACACACAUGUCGGGGUAGGAGUGACGUAUCCAGUACUGCCUUCAUACGAUCCAUAUGUUAUGGCCAGUCAGCAAGCUGCGGCAGCGGCCAGUGCUGCAGCUGUCAAUCAAUAUUCAAGAAGGGAAAAGUCGUAGUAGACAUGAGUUGGCUGUAGCUGGGCAAGGAUUUACGUGAUCAUGGCUUUAAUUAUCAUCAUUCCUGGGGAAUGCCUUCUUUAAGUGGCAAUGAUCAACGGAUACAGACAUUGAGCCAUGUGGGACUGAACAAUGAAAACAAACAUUUACCCAUAUGGGACUAAGCACCGAACACAAACAUCACCAGCAUUCUGUUUAGAUUCGGAACAAGAUAAAGCAGCUGAGAAGACCCUUUUAUUGUUGCUAUGGCUAUGAUGCGGCCCAUCUCAGAAUAGGAUGAGAGAGACGUUGAUUGAGCACAUCCUCAGCAAGAGGUUUUGAACAGUGGCAUGUGUGAAGCGAAGGGUACAGACAGUAUUCCAUGAAUGAAUCACUGAAGGACUUGAAAGCAACAUCCUUGAAAGCAACAUCCACGAAAGGAACAUCCAUGAAAGCAGCAUCACUGAAGGACUUGAAAGGAAUAUCCUUGAAAGGAACAUCCUUCAAAGGAACAUCCUUCAAAGGAACAUCCUUCAAAGGAACAUCCAUGAAAGGAACAUCCAUGAAAGGAACAUCACUAAAGGACUUGAAAGGAACAUCCUUGAAAGGAACAUCCAUGAAAGCAGCAUUACUGAAGGACUUGAAAGUAACAUCCUUGAAAGGAACAUCCACGAAAGGAACAUCCAUGAAAGCAGCAUCACUGAAGGACUUGAAAGGAACAUCCUUGAAGGGCAGAUCAUCUCUGCAUGAGACAGGCCGUUGUAACGAACUUCAGAAACUGAUAUUGGCAUUUGAACGUACUUCAAUCCUCAUGGCAAUUUGGUCUGUUAGUGUUUAUUAGAGAAUUGUGAAGAUGAAAAUUUCACUGGUAAUUGUUUGAAUGUUAAGAGAAGGAUGUUAGCGAGAUGACUUGUAUAGAAUGCACACAGGUAUACAGAUUGUACAAAUGUAGUGAAAGGUUGUGACUUGUACAGAGACGGAUCAAACAGAAUAUGACAGACAUCUUUUCAGUAAAGUGAUGGUCUCUUUACCCAUGUUAAUUUGCUUCUUUGUCUCUCUGACUCUCUCUCUCUCACUCUUGCCCCCUCUCUGUUAUACCCUGAUGUUAUCCCUUUUUGUUUAAUCUUUCUUUUUGAAAAUAAGUAUGUAGUGUUACCCACUUGUUCUGUUGAUACUAUUCUUAUUCCGUUGUACCAUCAAAUAUCCGGGAAUCGUUACACGAAACCGUCAGAAGUACAAGAUCACCGACAUCCCAUUGAAACAUGUGUUGAAUUUAAAACACGCAUUUCAAGGGAUUGUCAGCAAACUUGUGCAUCUGAUAGGUUUUGUGAAAUACUACCCUGGUUUCUUAUGUGAACAAAUUGUGCAACAAUAAUAGGGUCCAAUAAUCUUCUCCAGUACAAAAAUAAACAAAACUAAAUAUUGCAGAUCGUAAUCUUACAGUUUCGCUAGAAAAGGUUCUUGAAAGAAAACACUAGAAAUUCAUAGAUUACUGUCCCUUACAUUACAACUUAUAAUGGAAUCUAAACAAAAAUUGGCUUUAAAAAUGUCAAUUCCUUCAUAUUUUGGUCCGAUUCAAGCUCUAGUAAAAAAAAGGCUAGAAUCGUAGAUUUACAUGCAUUUCUAAUUUUCUGUAUCUAUAAUUCUAGCACAUCUAAUAACAUAAUAACACAUUCUAUAAUUCCUAAAUUACAGUAAUGUAUGGGACAAAAUACCUUGGACUGGGCCUGGUAACAUCAUUCAUAGUGUAAUCUUCUACAUUUAUUUUUGAUUACGUUCACUUUGCUUUAGAGUCGAGACGGACGUUGAUUGACACAGUUUGUAUAUAAGCCUGUACAGGUUGUCUGCUGGGAUCAGGAGCAGGUGUAGAAUUGUAUGACUGUCUUAGAGGCAAGAUUGUUGAAAUGGUGUUGGGCUGAAUACAUGUACAAACGGCCUUGUGAUUUUGAGACUGUCCGACAACCAUUGAAAAGUGAUGACAUCUGAGAUAGUGGUUGUGAGGUCUUUCUUUUCGACCUUUGACCCGAAUGGAUCAACAUGAAAAUAACAUCUGUAUGAUGCAAAUUAACCAUUUCCAAACCAAAAAUGUUAGUAGACCUAUUUGCUAUCAAUGCAUUCAAAUUUAUUCAGGUUUCGUACAUUGGGUGAUCUGAUUGCUUGUCCAUGAUUUACCUGGCAUAGAGACAACUGCUUUGUGCAAGCCGAAUUCGACCCACUGAGAUUCUAUCAUAUAAAGAGGAUAAUUUUUUUUGCUGUGAGACAGAAGAGUAUUAACUCUAAUCUUAAUAACAGAGUUUGUAUCUCUUCUUGCUAUCAGCAGAAACGUUAGGUUUAUGGGAAGGGGGGGAGAAAACGUGCAUAAAUAUUUAAUAUAUUGAUAAACUGGUCUUUCCGUCUUUCUCUGUAAUGAGAAACUUGCUUUGUAUGAACGCAUCAUGUGUUUGGAGUCAGAAGGGCGUUAACUCAUGUACAUUAAGCACAAAGUAAUAAUGCCCUACUGGCUCUGAACAAGUGAUAUGAAACUGAUGGUAAAACUUUACCGGUAAUAUGUGUAAUGGACCUGAUUAGACACUUGCUUUGGAUUGAAAAAGUGUUGUAGGUCAUAUUUCUUUUGGUCAAAUUGAAUCUUUUCCCAUCUGGACACCAAAUGACACCACUAAAAAGAAUGUCCCCUGUAUUUGAAAAUGCUGCAGACAGCCUGCACAUAACGUUCAUCAGAUUUGUAGUUGAUCACAAAGACUGCAGGAAUGUAGCAUGAUUUCACCUAUGAUCGAAAUCCUGGAGCUGAGUUUUUGUCAUAUAUUUUGUGUGUGAGUUUAUUACUUUGGUUCAUGUAUUCAAUGUGCCUGUACCCUUUCAAGUUAGUUAAAGUCCUGUUCAUCUCACAGGACUUCUGAUAAUUGUCAUCCAACUGGCUGUUGUUCAUGUCUCUGUUAUGUUUCAGAGUCUAACAUGCUUUUAGCCCAGACAAAUAUUCUAGAAGAUGUUUUAUGUUGCUAAACUCUCUCUUUUAUAAACAAACUUUAAUAGCAGAGUAAUGAUUUAUGUCGUGUUGCAUUUCACUUCAAACCUGCAUUCAUGAGAAAAGCAAUUAUGACUUAUCUCAGAUAAUCUUGCCUUUUAUAACACUUUGGGAAAAUUGGAAACUUAUAAAAACAGUUUUGUAGAGGGGUUUCAAUACAAUAUUGGGUUCUAAAAGUAUAAGAGCAAAAUAAUGACUACACAUUUUAUUGUAAGUAAAAACCUAAUGAUAAGAAACAAACACUCAUAGAUCUGUAGACCAGAAUAAUGUAAGUCCUUCUGCUAGUUAGCUUAGUUUGUUUUUUAACUCAUAGAUAUCAUCAUACCUGACCCCAAAGAAAGCCUACCCAUUUCAAUUAUUCAAGGAGUGUUCAAGAAAAGUACUAAACUCAUGUGUAUUGGUAAUAGUGUACAUGGCAAAGUACAUUUAAUUACUGUAUUCUGUAAACAUUUAAAGAAGCAUUAUGUUUGUGUGAAAGUACCCCUCUUUUUCCAAGAAUGUAAGCCCAAGUUUACAACAUUUUUCACCAUUCAUUCAGCCUCUAAGCUGGGGUCGAUUAAGUUCUGUUCAUCAUUUUGUAUGUUCUCUUUUGUUAUUAAUUUCAAGUGUUAGAGAGAAUCGUGUCCUGUGGUAGUGCUUAAGAGAAAAUUUCCUUGUAAUUUGUCACCUUGAUAUCUUUGUAGUCCUAAUACAAUCAAGAACGUUCUGUGAAAACAGGACUUGGUUCUCUUGUUGGACUAUGGACUGAAGUACAUUUUGUUCUGUUAAUGAUCCCAUUAUGAGCUCUGAUGAGAGUUUAAAGAAAUCAGGAUCUUGAUCACUUGAUGGAACAGUUAUACAAAUCAGAUAUACGUUUAAGACAAAGAGUUGUAUUUUGUUAGUUUCUUUUUGUAUUCUUUCUUAUUUCAAAGAGAGAAUCUAUUUGAGACAUUUAUACUAUGUCAUUUUUUUGUUAACUGACUUUCCGAUUUUGUUGUUUUUUAGUUUGAUUUGUUUCUAAAAUCAUCAUGUCAGUAAUGUUCUAGAUAUAAAAGAAACCAGUGUGUUUAUUUACUUCAAAUGUGUCAUCUUCCAUUUGGAAAGUUUAAAAAAUGAAGACGAAAAACAAUAUCCUCCGACUAUAGUGAGUCGUUGGGGGGUAUCUCCAUUGUCAAUAUUGUAAUAUGAUCUUUGUACAUUCUUGUAUAGUAUCGAUGGUAUAUCCAUUUACUGUUGUCUUGUUCUUUUAGACGAUUUUUUUGAGGAAAAAUUAAACAUGGAAUAUGAAGCGUAAAAAAA